GGCCAAUACGUGUAUGUAUGGAAAUCUUCAUGCAUUUACUACAACGCUACGACGCGGAGGAACGAGACCAAGCCGGCCGAGUGCAUCUGCUCCAUCUAUGAGCCAUGUGGCUGCGACGAAAAUCAUGACGAGUCAUACACGAGCGGUUUGCUGGGAAACGGCAGCUACCAGAGCCUCAACAAGAGUGCUGUCUUGGUAUACAACAGGGAUGAACACGACUCUGUUAUUCUGAUUCUGGGAGGAUUGCCUAAUGGGACCACUGCUCCAGGA